AUUUUUCAAAUCGAUCAAACCUCGAUGCUCGAAUGCUCGUCGUUUAAUAUAAUUAUAUAAAUGUACUCAUUGGCCAUUGUGUGACGUGUUUAGUAAGGGUUCCCGACUAGUUGUCAAUUUUUUUAAACAUUUUAGAAAUAUUUUUGAAAUCUGUCAAACGUAUCAAUCACCAUGGAUAUAACUACAUCGACGGACAUCAUGAUAAUUAGCGGAAAUUCGCACCUCGAACUAGCCAAUUUGGUAGCUCGUCGACUUGGUGUGAAACCAGCUCGAUGCGCCGUUUCUUAUACCACAAACCGAGAAACCUCUGUCCAAAUAAGUGAUUCUGUUCGUGGAAAAGACAUAUAUAUUAUUCAAACUGGUUCAAAAGAUGUAAAUAAUAAUAUAAUGGAACUCUUGAUCAUGGCAUAUGCAUGCAAAACUUCUUCUGCCAAAAGCAUUGUUGGAGUUAUUCCUUAUCUACCCUACAGUAAACAAUGUAAAAUGCGAAAACGUGGUUCUAUUGUAUCAAAACUAUUGGCAAAGAUGUUGUGUUCGUSAGGCUUAACUCAUGUGAUUACAAUGGAUCUUCACCAAAAAGAAAUUCAAGGUUUUUUUGAAUGUCCAGUUGAUAAUUUGAGAGCAUCUCCAUUUCUUUUACAAUAUAUUCAAGAAUGUAUCCCUGAUUAUCGCAAUGCUGUGAUUGUUGCAAGAAAUCCCGGAUCAGCAAAAAAAGCUACUUCAUAUGCUGAACGUUUACGUUUAGCGAUUGCUGUUAUUCACGGAGAACAGAAAGAAUCUGAUUCGGAUAUGGUUGAUGGGAGAAAUUCUCCGCCACCAUCAACAUCCCGUUCAAGAACGAUGGACGUUGGAGUAGGAGUACCACAGCAUCCAGCCAAAGAAAAACCUCCUAUUAAUGUAGUGGGAGAUGUUGGUGGACGUAUAGCUAUUAUGGUGGAUGAUAUGAUAGAUGAUGUUGCAUCGUUUGUAGCUGCUGCCGAAGUAUUGAAAGACCGUGGUGCUUAUAAAAUUUAUGUUCUAGCUACUCAUGGUCUUUUAUCUUCUGAUGCUCCUAGACUUAUAGAAUCUUCGCCAAUUGAUGAAGUGGUUGUGACGAAUACAAUUCCUCAUGAAAUUCAAAAAAUGCAAUGUCACAAAAUUAAAACGGUGGACAUCAGUAUUUUACUAUCAGAGGCUAUUCGUAGGAUUCAUAAUAAAGAGUCCAUGUCAUAUUUAUUUAAAAAUGUCACAUUAGAAGACUAAAAUAUUUGUAAUUGUUAAUAAAUUACUUAAUUAUGGUAA